GAUUAUGAGUGAAUUGUAAUUUUUUUUUUAAUGAAAUGCUCUGACAUGCGUUCUGGCGAUUUUUCCCACUUGUGUAACGUUCUUUUUUUGUGUUACUAUGACAGAUUAUCAAAUACAAGAAACACAUUUCCGUUAAAUGAAUACUUUACACACACACAGAUGUCCAUGUGCCCAUUUAUUCAGCCCAAUUGUUUCAAAACUUUGGUGGUUUUGUGUCAAUAAGUAAACGGGGUCCAGUGUUGUUAUGUCGCCGAUGUUCUUUAACAUAUUUUCGUUUUUGUUUUCUGCUGAAGAAAAACAAAACCAUGCUUAUUUGGACUGACAUUAAGCUGCAUAAAUGAUGGAAGAAAUUUCGUUUUUUUUAAAUCAACGAUUCUUUUAAGUUUAUCUUGAGGUGUCACACUGUACAUUGGUGUACGUGGAUUAAAUUAAACUUUGUAUUAUAAAUUAUGAAAUAGACAGGAUAUAAAAUAAUGGACAUGACAUAAUAUGUAAUAUUGUGUGUUCAACACAUUUAAUGCUGAAAGGCCAAUGUAUUUAGAAAAUAUUAGUAAGUUAUGUUUCUUCAUAGGGUAGUUUAGACUCGUCAUCAUCGACAGCUCUCUGUACUGUCAACAUUUCUUCUGAUCAUUGUAACUGUGCUUUCAUGUAUUUAAUAGUACGAGUGUUAGUCCAUAAGGUGGCAGCAUUUAGAAAUGAACUUGCUGAUUCAGAUGCACCUCUGUGUAAAUUAAGUGAAUUUGAGAUGCUAAAUUGCUUAAAAAUAAAGGUUCCUAAACGGUUCUUUGUUGGGAUGUCCUGUAUGGUUUCAUAAAGAAUUUGUAACAUUGACAGAACCUUAUUGUUACACAAAAGGUUCUCUGUAGUGAAAAAAGUUUUUAGACUGAAAAUGUCAGAAUUUUUAAGAAUAGGGUUAAUCUAUUUAUUUAAUUUCACUAAACAUAAUUCCAAUGUAUUUUGUCUAAACUGUGUGUGUGUGUGUGUGUGUGUGUGUGUGUGCAUCAAAAACAGUCUGCAACACAUCAUUCUGUAUGGUGGGUGGAAAACAUACACAGAAACACAUAGAUCUGUGGGCACGUACCACUUUGACAUCAAAUAAGUAAGCUUGGUCUGUCAUUGUGUGUGUGUGCGGGUGUUACAUGCUGUAGGAAGCAAAACUCAAAACCAUCUCUCUCAUCUUCUGCUGAGAUUUCCGGCCUCCACAGAUCCUGUGAUACAGUGAUCAGUCCUACAGCACACAUACAAGACUAUGAAGUCCAUAAUUAGCUGAUGCAAAAAACCUGAUGCAAGACACCGACAAUAAAAAGAACAAACAGUUGAUCUUCCAUUUUUAAGUUUAAAAUAACAAUAGCAUUCUUAAAAAUGAGAAUGUUUAUUUCUUGAAAAUACAAUAUAUAAUUUUUUUAAUUUACAUUUAGUCUUUAAUAUGAUUUUUUUUGUUGGCGGAAUAUCAAAAGAAUCUUCUGCUCCAUGCUAAAGUGCCUCAUAUUAAUGAACUGUUGUGCCGAUGCUGAAAUGAACAGACAAGUGUUUUUAACGCUCUUAAUCUAACCAGUGUAUUUCAGACAUCUUCAGGACCAAAACACACAGCACAUGCAUGUGAACAUGGCUCUUGGCUUACAGCAUGAUCUCUGCUUCUCUCUGGCUCAGCCUGAGGAUUGAUCACUACACAUUAUGUUUGCUUUCAUGGAAAUGGAAGGAGAUCCAGAGAUUUCCCCUGGCUGAAGGAUGAGCGUGUGGCGCUCUCCGGGGCUUCUCGUUGGCUCAGUGGGUUUGUGGUACUCGAGAGGAGAUUCUGAGGAAGUCUAUGAUGGAGAGAGGACUGGCAAACAUCUUUGUUCUUGUCACAUUACUGCGCCUACCGUCAAGGGCACAGGGGGCACGGUUUGAGUCACGGCGCUCUGAGCUCCAUCCAGCCCUUUGUUGCCCGCGGUCACGAUCAACAUUCGCUCUGUUUCGGUGACUCACAACAAUAGUCAUCCCUCGCUGCAUUAUGUUCCUUAACUUUAACCACAAAAGAAGAUGGAAAAAUGAUUUUGGGCAAUGUUGAUGCCAACAGCAGGAGCACCUGAGGUUGAGGGAGUCCGUUCCCUCUCGCUCCCAGAGGUCAAUAUUCCGGCGUGUGGAGAGAGCUCCGCGCUGGCGGCCCAGCCCCUUCCCCACUUCAGCCUGGGACGGAAGACCCUGCUGGGGGCUGGCGUGGCCGUCAUGCUGGUCUUGGUCCUGGUGGUCCUCAUUCCAGUUCUGGUCCAUUUGGCGGGAAGCAGCGAAAACGGUGAAUACGAAAUGCUGGGUACCUGCCGUAUGGUGUGCGACCCUUUCUUGGAAAAAUCGGGCGCUACGGCGGGCGCCGGUACGGGCACGGCUAUCACUAACACGCAGCUGGAGGCCGAAGCGCUGACCGAUCACAGUAUGGGACCCCCGUUGCCCACCUAUGCCAGCGGACCGCAGGGCAAGCCCGGACGACAGGGAAAGCCAGGGCUGCCGGGACCCCCGGGACCACCCGGAGAGCCAGGUCCACCGGGACCGAUGGGCCCACAGGGAAAUAAGAACCACACGGAGCGACCAAAUGUCUUCGCUCUGGGUGGAAGAAUGGCUACGGGAAUGGGUCCGCGUGUGGCGUUCUAUGCGGCUCUGAAAAACCCGCAGGAGGGGUAUGAGGUUUUGAGGUUUGACGAUGUGGUGACAAAUAUUGGGAAUAACUACUAUGGGUCGACGGGGAAGUUUGUGUGCAAGGUUCCUGGGACAUACUUCUUUACGUACAAUGUCCUCAUGAGGGGAGGGGACGGGACCAGCAUGUGGGCGGACCUGCUGAAAAACGGACAGGUGAGGGCCAGCGCUAUCGCUCAGGAUCAGGAUCAGAGUUAUGAUUACGCCUCAAACACAGUCAUUCUGCACCUGGACCCCGGGGACGAGAUCUUCAUCAAGCUGGACGGCGGAAAGGCGCACGGAGGAAAGAGCAACAAGUACAGCACAUUCUCUGGCUUCAUUCUGUACAGUGACUAGAGAGGUGGAGAGGUCAUUCAGCCUGUUGUUCGUCAGAAGAAAGAGACUGAAGGCCGCGAACCAGCGUGCAAAACAAAUUCAGAAGGAAGGUUAUUUCGUGCCACAACUUUUUUUUUUUAGAAAUGUAUUGUCACUGUCAUUCAUUCAUUCAUUCAUUCAUUCAUUCAAGCAGCAAUGAAUCUUUGUGUUUGAUUUCAUUUGUGUAAAUCUCUGAUCAUUAUUGAUGUCUUGGGCACAUGAAGAUUCUGAAAGAUCCUUUUGUGUCUGUUAGACUUCUGUGUCAUCUCUUUGGUUCUGUUUGCCUGGAUGAUAACUUUCUCAUAAGACAAUUUGAUUCAGGGGUGAAAUGAUUCAUUUUUGAACACGCAUUUGCAGGUUUGUUAGUUGAAUAGCAUGUAGCUGCUAGCGUGUCACAGUUGCACUUUGUUAUAGACCUGAUUGAAUCCCAACAGACCAGGAUUCACAUUUUCUGAAGAAUAAGAGCAAGAUCCAUCUGCCAAAAAACAACUUCAUGCUGAACGUUUAGGACUUCAGAAUGCCAUCAAGACAUGAAUGAAAGGCCGGUGGAGUAGCCUUUGUGUUUGUUUCAUUAUGGUGUUUGUCUCCGUGCUCGUGUUGUGUCUGUGAACAAUGAUGUCUCUCAAUUGACUUAAAGUGAAGUAAAUGACCUAAAAUGAUACCCUAAACAUUUCCUGAGAGUCUGUAAGUCAUUGUUUGUGAUUGCUGUAUGGGUGUGGAAAUAUCAGAACAACUAAAGCUCAAAAUAUAAGCUUUGAACAUUUUCAUGUGCAUUGUGUUGUCAUCAAUGAUGUGAAGAGCUGUGUGGCUUUCUUUGUUUAUCCCACAGAACGCUUCACUGGGGUAAGAGUGACCCUUUACAAGACGAUAACCUUCAUAGUCAUUACAACAAUUAAGCACUAUGUACUGUAUAUAAUACACAAGAAUCAUGACAUGUAAUAUGCACAUGUAUGCAUCUAAAUGUCAACUCAUCUGUUGUAACAGGUAAUAAAUUGUCGCUUUUGCUAAUAAAU